UACUAUUUCUCUGCGUUGUGCAUUUUCCCUCUACGCCUAGGUGCAGUGCUUGUCAACUGUGAAAGUGCCAGUGUUGUGACGGACAGAUUAAAAGAAUUUAAAAAUGAAGGUAUUCCUUUUAGCAGUUCUGCUGUUCGGAAUCGCGAGGGCAAGUGACAUUGACAAUGAAACCAUACCCACAGAAGAAAGCCUGAAACGUGGUUUGAGCAAUAAAUGCGCUGCGCGGGAAACGUCCUCAUGUAUCGCCAUCGAGCUGGUGGGCUACGUGGACAGGAUGCUGAGAACCGCCUCCUUCCAGCUCAGCGACGACGUAAUGGUGGUUGAUGAAAGCAAUGGCGUAGCAGCAGAGAUGCCGAUCAGGUCUGAGUCCUUGGCUAGGGCUGGUACGUCCCUGGAAGACCAGGCUCAGCAAGUGAUCGUGGACAAGCUGUUCAACUUUGCCACGACCAGAUCGCUCCGGUACAGACUUUUGGACAACGCUGACCUUGUCAUCAGUGGGAAACAGGAAAAGGAUGGAAGUCUGGGUAUUGGAGUAUCCCUGAAGGCCCCUAAAGCCGUCGAGACCGGUAGGGGUCGCCAGAAGAACAUUGGACCACUUCUAGCUGCCGCAGCUAUGAAGUUCGGUCUUCUCGGAGCCCUUACAUUCAAGGGCUUAACCCUGAUGGUUGGGAAGGCCCUUCUGAUCUCGAAGAUUGCUCUUCUUCUGGCUACGAUCAUCGGAUUGAAGAAGCUGUUCCACCAUCAGAAUAACGAAAUUAAACGGCAGUACUAAGGCUCUAUGGUUGAAAUCAAUUGCUCCAAUAUAAGGAUUACAAAUACUAUCAUCAAAAAGCAGUAGAUCGUAGCUACAUCUGAAACGUGAAGAAUCCAAGGAGCAUUGGCGAUAACGGAAUGAUAUAAAUGACGACUGACUCGUCUACCGUCAUACUGCACUGCGACAGAACAUUCUAGAACAUUCCAGAAAGAUUCGAGAAUAUUAACCAAUCGACUUUCACGUUCGAACAAUCGAUUUGAAAACC